GGGCUGGCCUGGGAGGUCAGCCCUGCCAGACGCAGGGAAGAAGGACGGGUCCCCGUGAACUGAAGAGGAGUCCCGGAGAGCUGUCCUCCGCCAAGGGCCGGGCCUCGCCACUCGUUACCCGCCCUCGGUCUUUGGGCAACAGGAACCUUGGGCGGGAGGUCAGUUCUGCCAACUCUGCCACACCUCCUCUGACCCGAGGAACUGCGAUGGACGCGAGAGUGCAGACUUGACUUCAGACCCCUUCGCGAUCACGUUCUAUGGAACUCGCCGCCCUCCCUGCUAUCUUUGGCAAACAGCAUGGCCGAAAACCGAGAGCCCCGCGGAGCCGUCGAGGCUGAGCUGGACCCGGUGGAGUACACCCUGCGGAAGCGGCUCCCCCAUCGCCUGCCCCGGAGGCCCAAUGACAUUUAUGUCAACAUGAAGACUGACUUUAAGGCCCAGCUGGCCCGCUGCCAGAAACUGCUGGAUGGAGGGGCUCGGGGUCAGAACGCAUGCAAUGAGAUCUACAUCCACGGCUUGGGCCUGGCCAUCAACCGCGCCAUCAACAUUGCCCUACAGCUGCAGGCUGGCAGCUUCGGGUCCUUGCAGGUGGCUGCCAGUACCUCCACCGUGGAGCUUGUCGAUGAACUGGAACCGGAGAUUGAUACGCGAGAGCCGCUGACCCGGAUCCGCAACAACUCGGCCAUCCACAUCCGUGUCUUCAGGGUCACACCCAAGUGAUUGAGAUGAGGCUGGCCCAGCUUAUCCACCCACCCCCGUACAGCUAGGCUCAGAUGUGGCUCUUCUUGUACUGAGUACUGUCAUGGACCUUCUACCAGAGCCAUAUAGGGAAAAGCCUGUCCCCUCGCAGCCCAGAGGACUCUGAAUUGAGAGGGCGAAUAUUGUCUUUUGUUGGGCCCAAGCAGUGGGGCCUCCUGAAUCUUUGCAGUCUGUAACCAUUGUCCUAUACAAUAAAAAGUAUCAAGUUGUGUUGA